GAACCUCUUUCAGACUGGUCCAACAGACAAUGAUGCGGCAUGAGUCGAUGCCAAUUGACCAUCUCUACGCCUGGGCGGAGUUGAACCAUGUCAAACUCAUCGGUACGACGGUGGAACCACACAUUCUUGCUCCUGACGGAAGUGAUAAAGGAGGCGGGCUGGUGGUGAAAACGAGCCAUGGCCCGGGAGAGGCUCUGUUGGGAGUCCCUUUGGAUCUCGUGCUGUCGAAAGAACGAGUAUAUGAACAUGCAAAGGCCGACAAGCAAUUGAAAGAAUUGCUCGAGGCUAUUCCGCCCCUGCUUCAGACUCCUCGCGCUGCAGUUGUCCUGUUCCUGGUUUACUGCAUGACGAUCAAUAUUCAAAAGACAGGGUUUGGAUUGCAUGGUCCAUUUGCUGACUACGUCAAAUUUCUGCCCAAGGAUAUCCCUGGUUUUCCUACUUUUUAUUCUCCGGACGAAAGGGACUUGUUGUUGGGUACCUCCCUGUCUUCUGCUUUGGACGACAAGCUCGCCAGCCUGGAAAAAGAGUUUCAAUCGCUCAAAGAGUCAAGCAGAGACAUUCCAUGGUGCCAAAAGGUCUGGUGGGACGAUGAGUCUGGAAUUCUGAAUCUGGAGGACUGGAAGUUGGCCGAUGCUCUCUAUAGAUCUCGCGCCCUGGACCUCCCGAGAGGAGCUGGUGUUGGCAUGGUUCCGGUAGUGGAUAUGGCUAAUCAUGCCUCUGACGAUCGCUACAAUGCAAGGUUCGAGGUUGACGAGGACCAAGGACAGGUUUUGCUGGUCGUGAGGGACGACCGGACCAUUGCUGCGGGAGAAGAGGCCACCAUCAUGUAUGGAGUCGGUGGGGCAUGCGAGAUGAUAUUUUCCUAUGGGUUUCUUGAGGAGCACGCGAGCAAUGCACGAGAGAUCUUUCUCGGUCUAUCUAUACCGGCUGACGAUCCACUCAGGAGGGCCAAGAUCUGGUUCGCUGAGGAGGCGCCCGGUGUUCGCCUCUACAUUGACGAGGCAGAUCAGAUUCAGUGGGAGAGUACUUUUGUCUGGUGGGCUUGUGUCAAUCACGAGGAUGGUCUGGAUUUCCUGGUCGAAAAGACUGUUGACGGAGAUACGGAUCUCAAGGCUAUAUUCGACGGCCAAGACUUGAUCGCAGAGCAACUACCUUCCAGGCUUCAGCAGCAUUACCUCCAUGAUGUUUUCUUGCUACGUGCUGUGGUGAUGCUACAAGAGGUUGUCGCAGAACAAGGCGAGCAACUUGCCCAAAGCCAAGUUGAUUUCGAUGCCCUGUCUCCCAACACCCAGGUUAGGCAAUACGUCUAUGAGACUGUCGGACGACUCCGGAGGCUGGAGAUGGGCAUCUUGACGCGAGCAUAUGAGGCACUGGGAAAUCAGAAGGAUGCACUGCUCAAAUCAGAUGUUGUUUGUCGGUACCUCAAACAGGGGGACGACGUAGGGGAAACAGCGUCAUUGGGGGAUACUGAGGGAGAUAUCUCUUGAUGAGUCGUGACCCCAGACUGUGGACCUCGAAGCGAGACGAUGGCCCAAGCAUGCAGGCAGGCAGACAAUCACAUCAAAAGGAUCGAGGCGUCCAGUGUGGCGUGAGACACUCAGGUCAAAACGCGCGGAAACAUGUGACGGCUAAUGGCGAGUGGCACUGGCCACGGGAAUACGCCAUCGUCGUGUAUCGUGAUCGUUCCACUUCAUGCUUCUAGCGUGGUUCCGUUCGUCCAGAGCAAGAGCAAAAGCACUGGGGUCCUGGAUGGUUGUCAAGGCAGUCACUUGCGACAGCUAUCCUGUGUUUGUUUAGUCGACACGGGUGGCUGAUGCAUUUUACAGAUCUGGAGCGUCUAGAUUUGUUGGCAGAGACGAUGUGAGAUGACGAAGACAUCAAACUCACAGCUCCUUAUGGAGCACUUAGGGGGCAGGCUGAGGCUACAGCAUGUGAUUCGUUGCUGAUCUAUUUGUAGAGCAUGUCGAUUCGACAAUUGUCGAGGGACAGAUUGUAUAUUGAUGCGAUUUGGGCGAUGAUGGGGCAUGGUGGGUUGAAAGCUGGCUGUAGGCAUCAAAGUGGAGAGAAGUCCAGUAGUCGGGCGGACGAAGCUCGGAUCGAUGGAGGUUUGACUAGCGACGAUGGUGAUUGGUGAAUCUCCCAACUCACCAAUGAAGACCCUGUGGGCGGGUUUUGCUAGUGGCGACAAGACAGUCGACUCGUUUUCUGCACUUCGGUGUCAUUGGUCGCCGAUCAUCGAAUAUGUGUGGUUGAGGGAGGGUGCGAUGACAAGUCCAUGACACUUAUGAGGGUGUGACUUUGAACAGAAUUGGAUCAAACAGCACUUUGUCUGGCUGAAGGAGUCUUUUUUUUUUGCGGGGGAAUGGAACCUUGGU